AUGCAGCUUACGUCUACUUUGCUGGACUUCACAAAAGUCGCAUCGACUCUUUCCUUGUCGGUUGCCAACUACAAGCCGAUUCCCGUUCUUCAAACCAAUGAUUCUUCCAGUCACGGCCGUGUGGGUGCUGUAAGCAGUCACAAAUCAGGGACUGAAGAUCAUUCAGCAGCAUCCUGGGGUCUGCCCUCCAUACUUCAUGUUCCUGAAUCGUCAUCAAAAGGAAACAAUGGUCGUGUCGCUUCCAGUCAUAAGGACUCGUCAGGCAAGACGGUUGGCGCUGGCUGCAAUGUUCUGGAUGAAUAUUCUCCCAAAGACUCUUUGAAUGUGGAAUUCCCUCCAUACAAUCAAACUCGAGCCAACAUCAUGCGCUACCGUAAGCAGAUUGGUGUGAAUGGUGGUUCAUGGUUUGUUCUGGAAAACUGGAUGGCGCCCUCCAUGUUUGAUUGUGCAGUAGACGGUAAGGCGUCUGAGAUGGACUUUCUCAAUGGAUACGGUGGCUCUGAAAAAGGUAUGAAGAGUGCACAGGCUCGUUUGGAAGAGCAUUGGGAUACAUGGAUCCAGGCUAAGGACUUUGUUGAAAUGAAGUCGCUGGGCCUCAACACACUUCGUCUUCCGAUUGGAUACUGGCAUCUACCUGGGUCAAAUUUUACGAAAAACUCAGACUUUGAGCCAUAUGGUAAAGUGUACGUCAACGCUUGGAAGUAUAUUAAAAGAGCUAUCAAGUACGCGGACGAUAACGACAUCGGAGUGCUUAUUGAUAUGCACGGCGCAUAUGGCUCUCAGAAUGGUCAACCACACUCAGGAGUAAAUAACGGAAAGGCUGACUUUUUUAACGAUUUCAAUGAGAACAAGAUGACCAAGCUCUUGGUAUGGCUCGUCCAAGAAUUAGAGGAUGUUUCUAAUGUGAUUGGGAUUGAGCUUUUGAAUGAGCCGCAUAAUACAAAGCGACUUUGGAAAUGGUACUCUAGGACCAUGGAUGCCAUGCGCAAAGCUCAAACCAAGUCUAGGGACAUGCCACUUUAUUUCCAUGAUGCUUUCAGCCCGUCUCAAGGUGCUGAGUUUGUCAGCAAGCGUGAUGACUUUGUCGUGCAAGAUACGCAUUCGUAUUUUGUCUACACUCAGCAGGAUCGGGAUAUGAGUGCUUCAAAACAUACGUCUCAUAUCGAAGGUCAGGUGCAAAAAUCCAUGUCCGAUUUGGCUGAUAAGGCGCGUGGCAACAUGGUCGUGGGUGAAUGGUCAUGUGCGUUGAAUCCGAAUUCACUGAGAAACUCGAAUAACAAGAGAGCCGCAACAUCAGAUUAUUGUCGAGCCCAAACUAGCACAUAUUUGAAUGCUACUGCUGGUGUCAUGUUCUGGAGCUGGAAUAUGGAGCACUGCAGCAGCAAUGCUGGUUGGUGCUUCAAGUCUGUUCUUCCCAGAUAUAUGAAAAAUUCAUACAACGCCUGGGGUCUAGACGGUCAAAUUACAAAUAAGACUAUCAAUACUGUGACAGAGAAGAUCAUUUCUCAGGAACUUCCAUCAAAGUACAGGAGCGACACGAAAGGGAAAAGUCUGAGUGUCUGUAACAAAGAUGGUGGUGCCAAUCAGUCUUCUGGCUCCACUAAGAAUUCAGGGCGUAAUGCUGCUGUAAAGAAAAGUCAGUCUCAUGCCUCAAAACACGAUGGAUCAUCAAAGAAGAACAAACACACGCUGCAACAUCGUAGCGAAUCACACGAAGGUGCCCUGAAUCGCAGAGGAUUCCAUCAUCACGUGUUGAGUGACAUUCUUGGCUAUGGUGAUGGAUUUAACACUGCCAAGUUUUUGGCAGGCAUGAUGUCUCUGUCUCGGCUUGGAUUUGAGCAACAAUACUUGUCUGACACAGGUGAGUAUUACAAGAAGCACAAGAUCAUCGACAUCGGAAAGCACGACUCCAAGUCGUACAAGUCCCACUUUAAAAAGGGCUUGAACGCAAUGGAAAGUAAAAUCAUCAAAAUCGCUGAGAAAGCAUGA